CUUGGAGGCGUGUGGGGGUUCGUGAAGUACUGAAGUUCGGGUCUAGUUCUGGUGUGCACGCGCGCAGUCAUGUCGGACGCUGUGAUCAGUUUCAUGAAGGACUUUCUGGCGGGGGGAGUCGCCGCUGCCAUCUCCAAAACCGCCGUGGCCCCCAUCGAGAGGGUCAAACUGUUGCUGCAGGUGCAGCACGCCAGCAAACAGAUCACGGCUGAGAUGCAGUACAAGGGCAUCAUGGACUGCGUGGUGAGGAUCCCCAAGGAGCAGGGCUUCAUCUCCUUCUGGAGGGGGAACCUGGCCAACGUGAUCCGAUACUUCCCCACCCAGGCGCUUAACUUCGCCUUCAAAGACAAGUACAAGAAGGUUUUCCUCGGUGGCGUGGACCAGAAAACACAGUUCUGGCGUUACUUUGCAGGUAACCUGGCGUCUGGCGGCGCCGCUGGAGCCACGUCGCUCUGCUUCGUCUACCCGCUCGACUUCGCCAGGACGAGGUUGGCCGCCGACAUCGGCAAGGGCCCCGCGGAGAGGGAGUUCACCGGCCUCGGAAACUGCAUCACCAAGAUCUUCAAGACGGAUGGGCUCAAGGGUCUGUACCUGGGCUUCAACGUGUCCGUGCAGGGCAUCAUCAUCUACAGAGCGGCCUACUUCGGAUGCUUCGACACAGCCAAAGGAAUGCUGCCGGACCCGAAGAACACGCACAUCAUCAUCAGCUGGAUGAUCGCGCAGACCGUCACGGCGGUCGCGGGCCUCGUGUCGUACCCCUUCGACACGGUCAGACGUCGCAUGAUGAUGCAGUCGGGACGCAAAGGAGCUGACAUCAUGUACAAGGGCACGAUCGACUGCUGGAAGAAGAUCCUCAAAGACGAGGGAGGAAAAGCGUUCUUCAAGGGUGCCUGGUCCAACGUCAUCAGAGGCAUGGGGGGCGCCUUCGUGUUGGUGUUGUACGACGAAAUCAAGAAGGUCACGUACUAAAGUCACCCUCCUCCCACUCCGUCUUCAAGUCUUACUGUUGUGAUGUGUGGCAGCAGCCUGGGGGGGUCCGUGUGGGCUGUAGGCUCCGGUGCAGCAGCCUGGGGGGUCAGUGCGGACCUGACCCGAGUCACAAGUGCGUGUAUAUUUCUAUAGGCCACUAUCAGGCGGCUGGCACAGACCACGAGCUGCUCAGGCCCACACCACGCUCCUCUUAACUUUAUUUAUUAAUAAAAUAUCUUCUUUAAUUCA